AUGUCUGGCGCCUUCACCAUGCCGCAUGCCCUCACAGGUGGGCCCGGCUACAAGGCCAAUCCCACGUACGACGAGUUCCUGCGCAAGCACAGUGGAUUCUACCGACGUCACAGUGCUGCCUCCAACGCCAUGGAGACUGACCGACGAGCCUCGCAAGCUGCGCUGGACGAACACGCCGCGGCCGCCGCUCAGGCAGUCCAGAACGUUGCUGCGGACAGCGCACAUCGCCGUGCAAGCGUCACGGUUGCAGAAGGAGGUGCCGCCACAGCGAACUCCCGAAAGGGCAGCGUGGCUGUCGCCAGCGAUGUCACCCGCAAAGACAGCAUCUUUGGGCUUGAAGCCACGGGGGGGCGGAGAAUGUCGGAGCAACGCAGGCCAAGCACCUCUCUUGCUAGCGAUUUGUAUCAUAAGAUCAAGGGAGAUCACAAGUGA